AGAACCCUUUUGAACAUAUCAUAUAACUCGAGAUCUACGUUUCCAAACUUUACGGAUCAAAAAAGCUUAUCAGAUUUGGAUAAUCAGAAGGUUUAAGUGAAUACUUCACUGACCGGGUUUUCGACAUUUUGCGCUACUAUUUGAGGUUUCCCUAUAUUUAGUAGCAAUGUCCUCUUUAAACUCAAAUACACUUCAAAUCAAGUAUAUACAUAAUUCUGUUGCAAUGGUGACGAGCUGUCCGUUGUCAGCUAGUCUUCAAGUCAUUGACCAACAAGUCCGAGAAUUGUGUAGUUUCACCAAAGAUCAACCAUUCACAAUAAAAUGGAUCGACGAAGAACACGAUCCUAUCGUUAUUUCCUCAGAAAUGGAAUUAAAAGAGGCGUUCCGACUUCACGAGUUGAAUAAAGAAUGGCAACUAACAGUUCAUGUAUUUAAUGGAGUUCCAAGUGAACCGGGUAAACCCUGUCCUGGCGAAGAUAUUAAUAUGUACCGAAGAGGUGCUAAACGAUGGAAAAAGAAAUUUUAUUUAUUGCAUGGUCAUCAGUUUGCUGCCAGACGAUUUAAUCGGAAUGCCGUAUGUGCUUACUGUAAGGAACGUAUAUGGGGUUUGGGACAACAAGGGUUUAAAUGUAUUAAUUGUCGUCUUCUACUUCAUCGUCGUUGUCAAGGUGGCGUGCGUCAUAAAUGUGGUGAAGCAUUCAUAAGACCGACCUAUCAAAACAUGCGUUCAAUCUCUACAUUUUCCACCGGUUCCACUCCUAUUGUGUGGGAUAAUAAUGGAAACAGACCUACAACCAUAGCAACAGAUCUAUCUUCUGGGACAAGUAAUACACUCCCAUCUCGUCUUCCUGUCACUAUUCAACCAUGCAAAGAUGAUUCAAAGCCACCAAAGCUAGAAAAAAUCAUUGGUUUAGGUGAAAAAGAAUCAAAUCAAACAUCAGACAAACACUUUACGCCAACAUCCAAUACAAAAAAUAAUCUCAAAUCAGGUUCAGACAACUUAAUAAUUGAAACAAGUGGUGGUGUUCACCCUAGUAGUGUACCAGUUCCCGUUUCAAUCAUCACUGAUAAAGUUGAUGAUAAGUCCAUACCAAUCAUAGAACAGCGCAUUAUAGAUAUUCCUGAUAUUCCAAUCACUUCUGGACGGGUUGGUUUACAUGAUUUCAAUUUACUCAAAGUGAUUGGUCGUGGUAGUUAUGCUAAAGUAUUUCAAGUAGAGCAUAAACCAACUAAUCGUAUAUAUGCAAUGAAAGUUAUUAAAAAAGAAACUAUUCUGGAUGAAGAGGAUAUUGAUUGGGUUCAAACAGAAAAACAUGUAUUUGAAUGCGCUACUAACCAUCCAUUUUUAGUUGGUUUACACUCGUGUUUCCAAACUAGAAGUCGGUUAUUCUUUGUCAUUGAAUUUGUUAAUGGUGGAGACCUAAUGUUUUAUAUGCAACGUAAUCUUCGUUUAGCAGAAGAUUACGCACGAUUCUAUGCAGCUGAAAUUUGCAUUGCAUUAAAUUUUCUCCAUGAACGUGGUAUUAUUUACCGAGAUCUCAAGUUAGACAAUGUUUUGAUGGAUAGCGAAGGUCAUAUUAAACUGACUGAUUAUGGAAUGUGUAAAGAAGGAAUCAUCGGAGAUAUGACUACAACUACAUUUUGUGGUACACCGAAUUAUAUAGCUCCUGAAAUACUGAAAGGAGAAAGUUAUAGUUUCAGUGUUGACUGGUGGGCCUUAGGCGUACUUAUGUUUGAGAUGUUAGCUGGUCGAUCUCCUUGGGAAGGUGUUGGACAGUCAGCUAAUCCAGAUCAAAAUACUGAGGAUUAUUUAUUUCAAAUCAUUCUCAGUCGUCCAAUUCGUUUUCCACGUUCUAUUUCUGUUCGUGCAACCAGCAUACUUAAUGCAUUUCUCCAAAAGGUGCCAACUGAACGUCUUGGAUGUGCGCCAAAUUCAAGUUUUGGUGAUAUUAUGGAGCACGGAUUUUUCAAACCAAUCGAUUGGGUAGCUUUAGAAAGGAAAGAAGUUCAUCCUCCCUAUCGUCCAACAUGUGGAGGCGAUAGAGAUCUGAUACAUUUCGAUCCUGCAUUCACCGAUGAACCUGUAGUGCUAACACCAGAUAAUGAGGCAGUGAUGUCACGUAUGGAUCAAACAGAAUUCGAUGGUUUCGAAUAUGUGAAUCCUUUGCUCAUGUCGUUAGAUGAACAAGUGUAAGAGGAAUUCUCAUUCCCCCCCCUUCCUCAAUGGCUCGUUGUGUUAAUCUAUCUACCUUCUUUUUUUUUAAAAAAAAUCACUUUUAUUCAAUACUACCACCAUAUCUAUUAACAAAUAAAUAAAUAGUAUUUUAUAUUGAAUUUUUUUUAAAAAAAAACUAAUUUAUCGUAUACAUUCCAUAUUCAUUCAAUUAGCAAAAUAAAAAUUGUUUAAAUCAUUUACCAACAGUUCAAUGUUAAAUUAACUUAACAACAUAUCAAAUGUUAAAAUAUUUUCACUUCUUUUGAUUUUAGGGUAUAAUUCUUGAAAUAUUUUCUUUUUAUAUAAGAAAAAAAAUAUUGCUUACUUGGAAGUUUAUAUUAUUUUAAGCACACACACACGUACAUAUAUAUAUAUAUAUUUCUAGGAAAAUUUAUUUUGUUUGUUUAUUAUCAAACAAGCUUCCUUUAUUGCUCCGUGUUCUUUAUUGAUGAACAAAAUGUGUUUAAUUAUUUUUUCUCUCGCUCAAUUAAUUCUGAUGAAAAUAAAUGCUGACUGUAUUUCUAUCUUUUUCGAAGUUGUUGUUGUUGUUUUUUUUUAUAGUUUUUAUCAAUGUUUACUUAUUUUCUCUAAUUUUAUAAUUAUGGAAUGAGUUUAAAGUAAAUUAUAAUGAAAUGUUUAUUGUAGUUACUGGUAAGUAGUAUUAAUAUGAUUUAAAUGAUAAAAUGAAAUACUCUUAAAUUUAACACUCAGUGAAGAUAAUUUUCUGAUGAAUUCUAACUACUUACUACUUACUCUAAAAGUAUUCCGAGACAUAAAGCUAGAUUGACCAAAUUUUUUAAGUAAAUAAUUAAUCAACUUUUUGCGCUAAAUUUCUCUGAAUUAAGGUUUUUAUUUUUGAGAAAACACGAGAAUUUAUUAACUAUAUCAGUGUUCAGUUACAUAUUCCAAAAUUGACUUAUCAAAAUAAUGGUUCAUCGCUUUCACUGUCAAAAAAAACUUGCCAAACGACACAUUUUAGAGAUUAUUUUACAAAACCAGUUCAUACCAAUAUUAGCUAUUCACAUAGAAUUCAAUUCUAAUGGAUAAUUUUAUUGACUAGUAAGUAUUCACAAGGAACAAAAUACUUUGUUGGCCAAAUCUAAGAAACUUAAUACUGAAAAACUUCCAUUCGUUCAUGGUAUAAAUGCAUCUAGCUAGAAUUAUGAAACCAUUCAGUUACACUAUUGUAUUUUUUUACUUUGGUUGAGUGAUAAUGUCAAAAAGACAACAGUGCAUUUUUAACUUAGUUUUUACUGUUCAACGAUAACUGUUCUGAAAAAAAACCGUUUUGAAUUGAUAACCUUAAAUUAGUAAAUAAUCACUUUGGUUGGGAAAAUGAAAGCCAAUCGUUUAUUGGCUAAGUCGGUUACGUCAUAGAAAUUAUUUUAAAAUCUUCCCUAGUUGCUUUCACCCUAGAUAUGGGUUUCAGUAAUUCUUUUCUCGAAGCAGGUUUUUUUCACUCUUGAGUGUUGUUUGAAACAAUCGUUUCAUUGUCUUUUAAUUCUGUAUAAAUAUUCUCUGCAAGAUGUCUUUAUAAAUCCUAUUGAAGCGUUAAAGUAAGGAAACUGAACAAGACAUAUCUUACCAACACUGGAAAGAAGGUUAGUUCAUCAAGAUACCAAAAAAUAAAGAUUUGAGCAAAUGUGAGAAUUACAUAGAAUUCAUACUACCUUCA